UUGUUAUGAUAUUUUCGAGUCUCGCGUUAACCUCCAAACGCACCCCAAAUAUCAAACGUAUAGUAUCGUCGACUGUUUACGUGUUAAGAAUAAGUAAAGUUAAGAUGAGUUUUAGAAAUAGUUGCUUUGUGCCAACUUGUGACAGUGAUAAAAAUAAAAAUCCAAAACUAUAUUUUGUACCAGUUCCACUAAAUGUAGACCGUCGAAAACGAUGGUUUGAGGCAGUAGGUUUAGAUAAAAAUCCCAACAUUACAACACGUUUUGUCUGCUGUGAACAACACUUUGAUUUUGAAAAUGACGCUGAAAAUUUGAUGUUUUUCAAAACAUUUAAGGACCAAGGUGACUCAAAUAUUAAGUUACGAUUAAAACCAGAAGUUGUACCACAUAAGAAUUUAUCACCGGACGUUAUACAGUCCCCGAAACGAACUAAAGUGGAAUUAGAAGAAAGUGAUGGUAUGGAAAUACCUUCUCCUUCUAAAAGUUCAAACCCAUUUACAGCCUCUGAUGAGUUGAUGGAUCUACAAACAAGUACAUCUUCUGAAGAGGAUGUGAAGAGGAGAGAAGCUCAAGUGACAUUUGUUACAAUGCCUAAGAAGAAGGAGAUGACCCUUGAUACUCCCACAAGGGUUCCACGACGAGCUGCCAGUAAAGAAGCACUUAAACAAAUGCAAAAAAUUACAGCUCAAGUUGAUUCUGGCCCUGAAACAUUGGAGAUACAUUCUGAUGAUGAUGAGGUAGUAACAAUUGAUCCAACUCCAAAAAAGAAAUACAAACUGAGUCAUAGAAAAUCAGCAGAUGAUCGAGAUGUAAUAGUUUUAAAAACAAUAUCAUAUGAGGAUGAUUCUUUAAUGUUAGAUUCAUGGACUGAUGAUUUAUCUCCGGCUCAAAUAGCAAUGAAGAAUGCUACAAAAAAAGAAAUUGAUGAGAUCAACAGCCGGCUAGAGUUUUUGUUAAAAGAAACAUCUUCACAGGUUAUCCAUACAGGGGAUAAUAUAGCUUUAUAUGAACUCGAAUUAGAAGUGAAAAAUGCACAAAAAUCCAACUCAACUCCGACACCACCGGCAACUGUUGUGCAACCACAAGCUGUUAAAAAUAAUCAAGCUUUUCAAUUAGUAAUGGACGCGCGAUCAGGAGUUGUUGUAGGAACUAUGACGCCUGCAACAUCAGCAACUUUAGCGGCAGUUUCUAGCGUUAAUAGUGUUUCUAAUGUAAAAGCUCCUCAAACCAGAAAAAGAACGCGCGCAGCCGCUAAUCUCCCUACGACUUCUGCACCUCCAAUAAAAGUGACGAAAUCUACGAUCCCACCACCGAUUGUAUCUGUUACGACACCCGCUGCUACUACUCAAAGAGCUACUGAAGCAACAGCUGUAGGGGGUUUAAGUCACGGUAAUCUUCAACAAAAACAAACUGCUAUUGUCGAUCUUACGUCAGAUGAAAGUCGAACCGCCACUGCCCCCGAUUCUCGAGAGGUCUCUUUUAAUAAAUUACAAGGUAAAACUUUUCCUUCCUUAGUUGUCGUCGCUAGGCCUCAUCUUCGCGCUAAGGAUAAUGUAACUACCGAUCGACAAAUAUUAGAUUCCAAAGUUAAAGCGGUUUUGAUGCAUAUUCCAACAAAAUUCACGGAAUGGUUAAUUCAGGUCGGAUUGAUUCGUUCCGAACAAACUUGUACUCAUGGUAAUAAACUCAAACUUGGAAUGUACAGUGAUGUCACAAAAUUUCCUUUUUCGGGAGGUUACGUGUGGAUUUCAGACUGUUGUCCUCAAAAAUUCGUUUCUGUCUUUAGUAAUUCAGUGUUCGAAGGAUCUCCACAUCCACCCACCGUUAUCCUUAAAUUAAUAUAUCAUUGGGCCUGUCAGACAAACGUUCAAAACGUUGUGCAAUGGGUUAAAGUUGAUAAUCUCUAUGUGAAAGGAAUGAAUACAUGGUUGAGAGCGAUUUGUACUGUUGCAAUUCACACACACCUUGGAUUAUUGGGUAAUCCAUCAAUGAAAGUAGAAGUAGGUGUAAUCUCUUUGGGGACGACAUCCCAAGACGGUAAUCAAAGACAAGUUAAAGUUGAGGUAUUAGGAGUUUUGGAUGUUGCAACAAAUUUGGUGCGAUUAAAAGCUGUUGAACCGAUGGUUGAUGGGGAUAGGAAUUAUAGAAGGAGGUUUUCAAAGAUUUUGGAACCUUUAGUUAAGUGGGUACACCCGGGAAGUAUUAUUAUAACUGAUUUAACUGUUGAUAAAAGUACGUUACACGCUUUGGGUUUUAAAAAUGUUGUGCAAGCGUCUGUUAAUGAUUCAUUAAGUAAUCUGACGAUUAUGAAUUAUUUACGAAGAAUUGUACCAAGAAUGUUCCAAAAUACGCUUUCACUACUUUCGCGGCAAAUCAUACAACAAUUUUUAGAUGAAUUAGUGUGGAGAGAACGUUAUGGAACCACUCCAGCUUUAGCUUUUGAUAAUAUCAUUACUCAUUUGUCGGAACAGACGAAGGUUGAUGGUAUUAAUUUAGUGCAUAGAUUAACGAAAAUCUCGAGUAAUCCGUUCAAAAAUUGGAGUUUAAAUAAUAUUCAUUCACAAACAACCCCAUCGCCACCUCCUCCAAUUAGUAAACCUCAAAAUAUACCCCCAUUAGCACCACUUAUGUUAACCACAGAGAGCACUAUGAGACCGUAUAAAAAUAAACGAAUUAAAGAUAAUUCAGUACCAGAAUCAUCAAAAUCGCGGAAGUCUCCCGAUAUUCCGGAACAAAUGGUUCCAUUAGAACAUUAUUAUUACGGUACAAUCGAUGCUCCAGAAGGUAGAGCACCAAAGAUUACAAACGUUGUUUAUAAAUGUGGAAUGUGCAAAUCUCAGUUUACCAACAACAUUAAAUUAAUGCUCCAUCUAUUCCACCACAUCAGUUCAAGCAACAUUAAAUUUUUAUGUAAAUAUUGUUUAGUACAAUUCAAUUCGGCCGAACUACUUGAAAAACACAUACAAAAAUCACACCCGAACGACACAAAAGUAGACGAAAUCUUCGUGUGUGUUAUAUGUGAAGGAAAAUUUUACAAUCCUUACAGUCUCGGAAAACAUAUGUCGCGAGAGCACGUCCCUUCCGAGUUACCCUAUCAAUGUUUAACAUGUCGUAUGCGUUGCUCUAGUCAUAGACAAGCAGUCGAUCAUUUUUAUGAAAAACACGACGGAGGAACCUCAAUACAAUGCCCUUUGUGUUUAAAAUGCAUGUCUGUAUAUUCGAACACACGGGUUCUUACGCAAAACAUGAGUUAUUUCGUGCAACAUUUACAAAAACACAGCAAGAAAAUAGGUGCAAAAAAAUGUCCAAAAUGCGCACUUUGGUUUGUCCAAAAAGAUUUAUUAAAAGACCAUAUUAUAAAAAUGCAUACUUCAAUGAGAAGAAAAGCAGGAUUAGUUCCUUGGCCUGUUCCUCGAGCUAUUAUCAUGGUUCCAAAAUCGCGACAAGAUGAACCAGGAGAACAAAUCAACGUUGACAUUAGCAAUGUAAUAUUAAAUUUCAAUUUGGAUAAACACGUUUGUAAAGAGUGUGGGGGACAUUUAAGUAUAAAAGAUCAUUAUCCGUCGAUACAAAAUUGUUCUAACGACAACUGCCAAUAUACAACAUGCUGUAAACGAGCUAUGUUAAAACACACAUUAAUAUGUAAAGAUUUAAAAACAACAAUUCCCAUACAAAGUUUACCAUUCAAAAUGUAUUGCGUUUGUGGUCACAAUGAUAAGGACGGGAAUUCUAUGGCGAAACAUUUAACAGUUUGUGAACGAAAAUCAGCAUAUCCUUCAGAAGCAGAAGCUAAAGCAGCUACGGUAACGCACAGUAUGUUAGAUGUUUUAGGUUUAAUGAGACGAACAGAAGAACCCAGUUCUUCUUCAGUUGAUAUAUCAAAAGAUGAAAUAAAAAUCGAAGAACCAAUAAUAACGAAAUCAUCGGAUAAAGAACUUGACGAUGUAGAAAUAAAAAUGACGGUGGAUUUGUGUGAAGAUGAUUCUACAUCUGAAGAGGUUACAAAAAAUAAUGGUGAUUCAUCAACUUUAGAUGGUGAUGAAAAAUUGUUGGAACCAGACGAGAAUGGUUUAUUAAAUGAGAAUAUAAUGGAUAUUACGGAAUGUGUAAGUGUUGAGGAUGAUGUGGUGCAAAAGAAAUUGGGGGAACCAAUGGAUGAGUAAAAAAAGACUUAUUAACUUACUCGUUUAAGAAUCGGUUUUUAUUUGUUUAUUUAAUCGUUUAAAGAGUUGACAAAGUGAAAAUGCAACAUAAUGUUUAAGCGAAGUUUUUUGUACAAAAUGAUUCUUUUUAAGCUUUAUGUAUUAGAGUUUUAAAAUUUCAGUUUAUAAAUAAAACACUAUGAUUUAUUAUCCUGUAAAAUGUCAGUCAAAAAUGUUUUCUUCAUUUGGUCUUAGAAAAACUUGAUGCGGUCAAUUUUUUCAAAAACAAAUCGUGUUCUUUAAAAACAUUAUUCUCAGAAACAUUUCGUUUUUGAGAUAUUCGCAUGUUUCAGAUUUUUCUAACACCUUUUUUCUUGUACAUCUCUUUGAUAUAUAAAAUACACUUCUGUUAUUGAAAAUUA